UAUAUCAAUAAUUGAGUUCAACUGGAUGAAAUUGCAUUUUAUUUGAACCCCCUUGGAAUGGUUAACAAUUACUUUAACUUCGUGUUUCUCACAACUGCUUCGAUUACGCUGUGCCGCUGUGUACAAAUGAUGUGAAGACAAUCAAACCAAAGGCAACAAAGAACAAAUAGCACGAUAAACGAGGCAACAACAAACAGCAAAAACAACGAUUUACCACUAAAUAUACCCGAAAGACGCCGGAAUCACAGUUAUUCGCAGGCUAAGACAUCAAUGCAGAGGUUAACCAUCGUCCACACGCCAGUGCAUAGCAACAAAAAGCAAUACAAUAACAACAACAACGGGCACUGUAGCCGGCAAUGAUAUCGCCAAUGACUUCAAAGCAGAACUGCCGAAAGGAAAGUAAUCGAAGCGCAAAUCCACCGUGAGUCGUUACAACGAAAAUGGGAUUUGAAGACGGCGGAGCGGCAGCUGUUAAUUUCGCUCAGCAAAAGCAAAAUGAAGUUCUUAGCACAUGUGUUGCCUAUUUAAUUGCCGCUUAUCGUUGGGCCUUGCCGGUAAUUUGUGCGCCACAGCGGUGCGAGCGUCGAGUCUUUAGCAAAAUCGAAGCUAAUGAACCGUUACUUACUUUCGGCAAAUCAAGGGAAACUGUAGCUGUCAGCGUUAAUAACGGUAAUCAAAGCGAUAUCAACAACGACUACAACAACAACAACAACAACACCCGUUGUGACUGCAAUAACAACAGUGCGACUAUUUACAAGAUGCGCUCACAGCAACAACGAGAAGAAGAAGAACAACAACAAAAGCAAUAUCGCCGAAAAUCCAAACAAAGCAGAAACCAGAAAUUUCCAUUAAGGACACGUAGUGCCCAUCAACAUCCGCCCAAAAAACAUAAAUACCAACUAGUCUUGAAUAACAGUUAAAGUGUUGUUAUUGACAGCUAAAAGCAACCAACAGAGAAACACAUAACAAAUAGGAUAUCGUAAAUUACAGCAAUAAACAGAUAUAAAACAGAAAAUCAAACAAGCAUCCAGCGGAGGGCGGAUAAGAAGCAAAGCGGGCACUCAAAGAGAGCCUGCAAUUAAACGAGGCAAAAAUUAAGACACAAAAGCGUGGCGAAGAGAACAAAGCAACAGCAAGGCGUAAUUAACACUUGUGCAGAGGAAGUUACGGCAAAAUGCAGCGUCUGCGUACGACUUUCACGCGCUCGCGCACUCCCACCGGCGCCGAGAUGAAGACCCAAAACAGUCUCGAGGUGCCGAAACAGGUGCGUUCCGCUUCGUUUGAUGAAAUGCAAUUAGAGGCACAACGCGUCUCGUCUCACCUGCUGAAGCAGCAGUCCUCGUCAUCGACGGACGAACGUUCGCUGGACACGGGUCUAUUGCAGGUGCCGCAAGCCACGCACACGCAACGCUCACAUUCCUUCGACUCGGCGGCGGCUUCUGCGGGCAGCGAUGACUCGGGCACAUUCUUGGAAGUGCCACGCCGUAACAAGGCGCGUCGGAGUUCGUCGACGAAAACGCCACCACCGUGUGUGCACUGUAUGUACUUGGAGGAGUAUUUGAAGCAGCAGAAGUCAGAGCAGCUUUACAUGGCAGGCGAUCGGCGCGAAUCGAUAUCGCUGUCAUACGGUUACAGCAGUUCUGACGACGAUACAGACAUCGAUGGUGUGAGUGUGACGGCGGACGAUGAAGUGGUGGAGGAGGACGAUGAAGAGGAUGCCGCUACUGGUGAUGGCACUGAAACUGGUGGCGGUUCAUAUGAAUACGAUGAUGCGGCACUAGAGAUGGACAUCCGAUUGGGUGGUUUGAGCACGGGCAGCAGCAUUGAGGAGUCACGUGCACGUUUGCCACGUCAAAUGCGUCGUCAUACCAUUGGCAGCUCAGUGACGACAUCGGAAGAUGAAGGACUGGAAGAAUCCGAACAUGAUUCGCCGCACUUUGGUAAUACGUUGCUGCCACCAUUGCCGACGACACCGUGCGGCAUCACUUUUACACUGUCGCCCACAAAUGGCGAUUGCCCGCCCUUUCCGUAUGCCUUUCCCAUCGAUCCCGGCUCGCCACCACCUUCACCAUCCAUUUCGUUGUCCGUAUGCGACAGUCCGAUGAUGGAAUUGCCACCACCUCCGCCCAUCUCACCACUUGAACUAUUGCCUCAUUCACCCAUCUUUGAUUUGCCAUUGCCGCCACCACCCGGUUUUAGCAGCCGUUUGAGCGCAGCGGAUGCAGAUGAUGCUGCAGCAGUGCCACCCUCACCGACCGCCAUGCGUCCACGUCGGCGCUCUAUCUCACGACAAGAAGCGAUUUUCGUUGAGCCAACAGGCAAUUCACUGGAGAAUGUAUCGCAGGGCGAGGAUGUCAAAUCGUCAGUGGAGGCGGUGGAUUCGGUGGAUGAGGCGUCCACAGUGGCUACUUGUGGCUCGCCGACAGCAGCUAAACAUGCGCUGGUUGUACGUGAUAUUUAUCUAACUGUACCUGAUUUGAAGCGCGACCGUGCCGCCUCGGUGGACUCGUGCUUUUCGAAAAUGUCGUCGGCCGGCAAAACGGAGGAGCUGCAGCCCAGCGAGGAUGGCUGUUUUCUCACCGUGCCGAAUAUAAAUGCGACCCGUUCGCGAUCUGUGGAUAUUGUGCUGCCGACCGACGAACAGGCACGCUACAAGGCUCUCGCCAUGACGGGCGCUUGCCGAGAUGGACGUUCUGCGUCGGCGAGUAAUGCCCGACGGCCGAUUCGGAUUGUGCCCGACUGGACCGAGAACGCGGUACAGGGAGAACACUUCUGGAAGCCCACGUCGGCGUCCGGCGAUCUUUGCUGCUUGAACGAGGAGUGCAUUAAAAGUGGUCAACGCAUGAAGUGCUCUGCUUGCCAAUUAAUUGCGCAUCAAAAUUGCAUUCCAAUCGUCAAUGAAAAGACUCAAUUAGCGUGUAAGCCAACAUUUCGGGACGUGGGCGUAAGACAAUACCGGGAGCAGUCCACGACGCACCAUCACUGGGUGCAUCGCAAAAUGGAGAAGGGCAAGUGCAAGCAGUGCGGUAAGGCUGUCCAGGGUAAACUGUUUGGUUCCAAAGAGAUAGUGGCACUGUCCUGCGCCUGGUGUCACGAGGUCUAUCACAACAAGGAGUCCUGCUUUAAUCAAGCCAAAAUUGGGGAAGAGUGCACCUUGGGCAAUUAUGCGCCAAUUAUCGUGCCACCGUCUUGGAUCGUCAAGUUACCCACUAAAGGUAAUUUUAAAUCCUCCAUACGAGUGAACAACAAGACCAAUGUGACCAUAACCAGCAGUAAGAAGAAGGGGGCGAGUAAACGGCAAAAGCAAAAGGAAGAGAAGAAAGAGCCACGCGCUUUCAUCGUGAAGCCGAUACCAUCGCCCGACGUAAUACCCGUGAUUGUGUUCAUCAAUCCUAAAUCGGGCGGCAAUCAAGGUGUCAAGCUGUUGGGUAAAUUCCAACAUCUUCUGAACCCUCGACAAGUUUUCGAUUUAACGCAAGGCGGUCCAAAGAUGGGUUUGGAGCUAUUCCGUAAAGCGCCUAACUUGCGCGUUUUAGCGUGUGGCGGUGACGGCACCGUAGGUUGGGUAUUAUCUGUGCUGGACAUGUUGAAUCCACCCAUAACACCGCCGCCAGCUGUGGGUGUGCUGCCCUUAGGUACUGGCAAUGAUCUCGCUCGCGCUCUCGGUUGGGGUGGUGGCUACACCGAUGAGCCGGUCAGUAAGAUAUUACGAGAAAUCGGCAUGUCUCAGUGUGUGCUGAUGGAUCGCUGGCGUCUGAAUGUCACGCCCAACCGUGAAGUGGAAGACGAUAAUGUCAGCCGCAGCAAGGACAAUGUCCCGCUAAAUGUGAUCAAUAACUAUUACUCCUUUGGCGUCGAUGCACACAUCGCACUCGAAUUCCACGAGGCGCGCGAAGCGCAUCCAGAGCGCUUCAACUCGCGUCUGCGCAACAAGAUGUACUAUGGUCAAAUGGGUGGCAAAGAUCUGAUCUUGCGACAGUAUCGGAAUCUCUCGCAGUGGGUGACGCUCGAGUGCGACGGCCAGGAUUUCACGGGUAAACUGCGCGACGCCGGCUGUCAUGCAGUGCUCUUCCUAAAUAUUGGCAGCUAUGGCGGCGGUACCCAUCCCUGGAACGAUUCGUUCGGCCAAUCCAAGCCAGCCAUCGAUGACGGCAUGUUAGAGGUGGUCGGUCUGACCACUUACCAGCUGCCCAUGCUGCAGGCCGGCUUGCACGGCACCUGCAUUUGCCAAUGUCGGUCGGCACGCAUCGUCACCAAGAAGACAAUCCCGAUGCAGGUGGACGGCGAGGCGUGCCGCGUGAAGCCAUCAAUUAUCGAAAUGAGUUUGCUGAACAAAGCGGUUAUGCUGGCCAAACGCAAACACGGACGCGGCGAUGUACAAGUGAACCCAUUGGAGAAACUACAUUUAACAAUUUUGCGCAUAACGAUGCAACAAUACGAGCAAUAUCACUACGACAAGGACAUGUUGCGCAAAUUGGCCAAUAAAUUGGGCAAAAUGGAGAUCGAGUCGCAGUGCGAUUUGGAGCAGGUGCGCAACAUGCUCAACGCCAAAUUCGAGGAAUCGAUCACAUACCCGAAGGUGUCGCAGGAUUGGUGCUUCAUCGAUUCCUGCACCGCGGAGCACUACUUCCGCAUCGAUCGCGCUCAAGAGCAUCUGCACUACAUAUGUGAUAUCGCCAUCGACGAGUUGUACAUUCUGGACCACGAAGCCGCCACCAUGCCGCAGACGCCCGACCAGGAGCGCUCCUUCUCCGCCUAUUCACAGCGGAUUGGCGCACAAAAUGAGCGCCGCAAUAUGGAUCAGCAAGGCCGCUCCGGCAGUACCGACGAUGAUUUGCAAAUCGGAAAACCCAUCAAAGUUAUGAAAUGGAAGAGCAAUAAAGAUCGAUUAUUCAGUUUCAACGAAGAUGUCUUCGGUUAUGGAUUCAGCUCUAUACUGGAACAAACUUCCGAUGCCGUACUACUAGCGGCACACCAAGGCGACCUGAAUAUGUUACGUGCACUACAUGAACAAGGAUACUCACUACAAUCAGUAAACAAGAAUGGACAGACAGCACUUCAUUUCGCCUGCAAAUACAAUCACAAGGACAUCGUCAGAUACAUAAUAUCGUGUGCUUCGCGGCGUCUAAUCAACUUGGCAGACAAAGAUAGGGGACAAACAGCACUACACAUUGCUGCCGAACACAAUCGGCGCGACAUUUGUGUAAUGCUCGUGGCUGCCGGCGCCAAUCUACAAGCUCGCGACCUAUGCGGCAAUACACCGAUGAUGGUGGCCUUCAACAAGAAUUCUACGGAAAUUGCAACAUAUUUGGAAAGUCAAGAGCGUUUUCUCGUAAUGCAGAGACAGUCGCGAAAUUAAAGCGACGCCUGAAUGUAUGCACCAAUAAAGAUUAAGUCAAAACCCGAGAAAUUUACUAAGCUAAAAUUAACAUUAAGUAUUUAACAAUAUCUUUACGUUUAACAAAUAAGUAUUAGAAAACAAUGCAAAAGCCCCCUUGGACGGGACAAUUUAUGCUUAAAAACUUGUAGUAAAACACAUUUAUAUUACGAUAAUACAUUUUAAUUAUUUAUUAGAUAGAUUUAUGGCAUUCUCUACGAGUUUCUCGCGUAUUUACAAAGAAUUCACCUAAUAAUUAAUGUGACUCAAUUAAUUUGAAAUAAGUUUUGCAUAAUUAACACCUGUGCCGUCUACCGACAAAGCCUCACACACAUAAAUCACACCAAGUAUUUGAAUCCUGUUUGAAUUGUAGCAAUGCAAUGCAAUUCAAGAAUCACACCCACUGUAAAUUGUGUAUUUCGAACUAGCAACAACUUAAGACAUAAAGCAAGUUGCAGCAACGUAGAAAAUUAGAAUAAAAACUGCAAAAAUUUGAAAUUGCAAAUGAUCAACCGCAAACAGGUUAUCCGUAACACAUGGUUGCGUUAGUUGCAAGCUUCUUGAAGCAACAAAAAAAUUAAAAAAAAAAAACAACGCGAUAGAGCGAAGAAGAAAUCAAAUUGUGAUAUGAGAAUUAUUAUGAAUAUUCUGCGAAAGUAAAAAAAUGGGUAUAAAAUUGAAAUGACCAAGUUAGAGUCAUUUAUUUUAGAAACAUAAUUAAAUAAAACAUACAUAAUUUAAUAAAUUUCCUUAUAAAGCUCA